AUGACUGUAAGUUUGGUGGAUAAUCGUCAUAUAUUUCUGAAGAAAGAAGACGAGCGGUGGAAUCCCGGAGCGAUGUAUGAGGAACUGGAGGAUAAUCGUCAUAUAUUUCUGAAAAAAGAAGACGAGCAGUGGAAUCCUGGAGCGAUGUAUGAGGAACUGGAGGUACAUGAUGCUCAGUGUUCUUUUUUCUGUCCCCUAAAUUCCCAGGACCAUCAGUAUGAAGUUUUAGAUUUUAUACGAAAUGUAGCCAAAUGUCAGGUACCACUGUGCCUAUUCCUCUUGUCCUAA